UCAAAAGGGAAAGAGAAAGGGUGAAAAGUACGGAUCAGAAACAUCAAAGGAGAUAUGUGGCACAGUCUGGUCGUGAAAAUGGCCUGGCUUCAAAAUGGAACAAGGUUUUGCUUCAUGGAGCAGCAAUCCUAAGCGCGGUGUCCGUCAUAUUUUGGUUCCAGGCCGUUAUACACUUCGAGAACUUGAUCACUCUGGUCUUCGUUUCUAUAUCAUCGACCUCCCUUAUCUUCAUCGAGGAAAUCCUACCCUUUGGCGGUUGAACUGGACAAAAUCUCUCCUCUUCUUUGGGCUCGCUGCCAUCAUGAUAGACGAGUACAGGAUUCAGGCUAACGGGGGGUUGUGCUCGGCUAUCGCAUUCAUUUCGCUCUUCUUAUCUCGGAUCUUGAGGCGAAGGGCCAAUUUUGAGGCUCAUCAGCACUGCGGCAUUGCGGUCGACUGCCGCUUCAAUGAUGGAUUCCUCGCCUUGCAGACCGCAUAUGUCAUCAUUCCAUCGCUUCUUAUGGAGUAUCUCACCGAGUCGAAGGCAGGAGCACUUCGAUCGGUUCGCGUGAACAGUUUUACCUUUUUGGUGUUCAUGCUUUUCACACUUGUACCAUUACUGUCCGAGCAGUCUACGAUUGCGCCCUAUUCUAAUACUUCGCUUCGCCUUGUCCGCGGGGACAAGAUCGCUAUACCCACCAGGUCGACGGCUUGGAUGAUCAUGCUUCGGGCAGGCUUUCUCUUUGCUAUGCCGUCGGUGCGGACCCGAAGACCCCAUAGCAUGCCUUUCCAGAUCGCUGUUUUUGUUUUAGUCCUUGUUAGAUGCCUGGCUAAUAUUCCUGGUCACGAAAAGUUACGACGCAUUGGCAAAGAGGGCUAUGCCUUGGAUGUAGCCACCGCUCACGAGCGCGUUAUGAAGAAGAAGACUAUAGCCGGGCGAUUUCCCAAAAAAUUCUCGAACUAUGCGCAUGUCGUAUUGAUCGCCCUUUCGUGGCCGUUAUUUCUCCGAUUGAAUUUCGGAGCCACCCUCAUGGCCAAGGAUCCUCCAUCGCUACCUAUCUAUCUCGACAAGGCAUACGAGCCCCCGAACGAUAUCGACAUUGUCAUUUCUGCACAUAACGAACCGUUAGAGCCUCUUCUGUCGCUAUUGUCCGACCUGCGCGAGCUUCCCGGUCUGAACAAAGCCCAGAUCCAUUAUUAUACGAAGGAUCCCAAUGCAUCGGACAAGACAAUACGAGCAUCGAUCGGAGGUUCGGAAGUCGCAAUUCUUCAGAACGUGGGCCGCGAGGGUCAUACCUAUCUGCAUCACAUUGUGAACAAUUGGGAUAGCCUCGCCAGGCAUACGCUGUUUAUGCAGGCAGGGAUUCAUAAUACCAGGGAGUUCGUGCCGCGUAUCCGGGAUUACUUCGACCAGGAGAAGACCGGCUUUCUUCCGCUCGGAUUCAGUGGGAAUGUGUGCUCUUGUAGCGACUGCGGAGACCGCUGGGGUUGGCAUGAUGACUCUGGCCUCAUUGAACGACUGUUUUUCGCCGCAUAUGGCACCUCGUGCAAGCCCGACUCGACCUUGCUUUCGACUGAUCAUUACGGUACGAAUUUUAGCGCGAUUGAGGGAAUCAUGUCCGAUUCUAUGAAGCGUCUUCUCUCCACCGUCACGCCAGUUACGAAUCUGAUAAGAUCGGAACCUGAGGUUGCGGAUCAAAAACAGCGGCAACUGCUCCUGACUUACAAAGGCCAAUUCAUUGCAUCUGCCGCCCGUAUCCGCGGCAUUUCCCCGUCGGUAUACGCGGAUCUGUUGUGGGCAUUUGAGGAUCCCGGGUCCUGGGCUCACUCAUCGGACUAUCUAGCUGCCGCUGGCAGUCAUCACGAGGUCCCUUACCUGGCAGAGCACCCACCUUCCCGGUCCGGUCCAAAGUCCUCAGCUGAUUCGGAUGCCGAGAACCCCGAAGACGAAUCGCGGGCGCUUGAUAAAAUGGACUCUCCGAUGCUUGGGUACUCGCUAGAGCGGCUGUGGGGUGUGCUGAUGAGAUGCGCUGACGCGAGUCCGGGUGGGGAAGCAGAGGAGAUGUCGUGGCAGUGUCCGAGUUUGCAGAGUGGUGCAUUAGGAAGGCUGUGGUUUGGGAAGAAGGCGUGUCAAUGCUUCGAUGUAUAACAUGUAUAGUAAUGCCAAUGUGUAUCGUGUCGAUACCUCCAGGUGACAAGCCUGCACAUUACCUAUCUGAUCUGCGUCCAAUGAAUGUAGCGAGUAUGGAUGAGAUUCUUCUAGAAACGGAGCUCUUCAGUGCUAGAGAGUCCCCA